AUGGUACCAGGAAACCAAACACAAUUCACUGAAUUUAUUCUCCUGGGAUUUUCUGAAAAAUCAGAGCAGCAGGGCCUCCUCUUUGGGCUGUUUUUGGGCAUGUAUUUGGUCACAGUGGUGGGAAACCAACUCAGAAUGCUGGCCAUUGGCUCUGACUCUCACCUCCACACCCCCAUGUACUUCUUCCUUUCCAACUUUUCCUUUGUGGAUAUCUGUGUGGUGUCCACCACAGUCCCCAAGAUGCUGGUGAGCAUCUUGACACAAAACAAGGUCAUCUCCUAUGCUGGUUGUCUUACCCAGAUGUACUUCUUUAUUGUUUUUGGUGGUUUGGACAAUUUCCUCCUCACUGCAAUGGCCUAUGACCAUUUUGUGGCUAUCUGUCAUGCUCUACACUAUGCAGCCAAAAUGAGCUCCGAUGUCUGUAGCCUACUGGUUCUGCUCUCCUGGAUAAUAAGCCUUCUAGAUUCCCUCCUUUACUGUCUGAUGGUAACACGGCUCUCCCUCUGCACAGACCAUGAAAUUCAGCACUUCUUUUUUGAUCUUGCUGAGGUUCUGAAACUCUCUUGUUCUGAUACUCUCACCAAUUAUGCCUUAAUAUAUUUUGCUGCUGGACUAUUGGAUUUUCUCCCACUCGUAGGGAUCCUUUUCUCUUAUACUCAAAUCUGUUCUUCCAUUUUGAAAUUUCCAUCUGCUCAGUGUAAGUAUAAAGCCUUUUCUAUCUGUGGAUCUCAUCUCUCUGUUGUUUCCUUAUUCUAUGGCACAGGAUUUGGAGUAUAUUUGAGCUCCUCUGCUACCAACUCUUCCUGGAAGAGCACAGUUGCCUCAGCAAUGUAUGCUGUGGUCACCCCCAUGCUGAACCCUUUCAUCUAUACACUGAGGAAUAAGGACAUAAAAGAUGCCCUUAGGAGGCUCAUUAGUAGAAUAGCCACCUCUCAGUGA